CCUUAGAUAAGUAAGUCGGUGAAAGGUAAAGCAUGGCAAGUGCAUUAAGUUUAUUCUGACGCUGAAAGCACUUUUAAGACAUCUACUGUAUAAUCUCAGUACAGAAAGUCCAACAGUUCAAGUAUAAGGGCUAUAAGGUCUCAGAGUUCUAGUUAUAUCAACUCACAGUAGAAAAGUGCCACAAUAAAAGAAAUGAAAUAUCAAAUGAUAAAUUGAUGAGACUCCUCAGUAAAAGUACAUUUCAGUUAAAUAAUCGCUGUUUAUAUAUCAAAGGCUUUGAAGUUAGAAUCAUCGUGACAUGCACUGCGGGAUAUUGACAAGAAAGUUAUGAAAUAUCACUGGAAAACAGGAAAAAGGAAGUAACUGAUACUGCACAAUGGUUGGUCAAUUUCUAGUUGGUUGUAUUGUACUUAUCGUUACCAGGUGGAUUUAUAAAUGGAUAUCUCAGAAAAAAUGUUCUGCCCCUGGACCCCCAGGUCUUCCCGUUUUGGGGAACAUUCUCGAUCUGAAUUCCAAAUUUCCAUUCCCUCAAUUGGAUAAAUGGAAAAAUGAAUAUGGUGAUGUGUAUAAAUUGAAUCUCAGUCUAAUCGAGACAGUUGUCGUACAUGGGGAGGCCGUCUAUGAUAUGUUUGUCACGAAGGGUGACGCAAUCGCUGGGAGGCCCAAAUAUGGGCGUCUAGAGCUAAUGAAUCAUGGGGAAGAUAUCGUCACGCGAUCAGCUGAUGAUAAAUGGAAAGCUUAUCGUAAAAUUGCUCAUCAAGGAUUGAGGCAAUAUGGCUGUGGUAUUCCACAUAUUGAACAAAUAUGUAUGGAAGAGGUCCAGGACUGUAUUCAGAGAUUUGACAGAACGGGUCCCUUUAAUCCAUAUGAUGAUAUGUACCUUACAGUGGCUAAUAUAACACUUAUUAUGAUGACUGGUGAACGGUUUGACAAGAAUGACCCAUGGCUUGAAAGGACAGCGAGGAUAGAGAAAAUUGGGGCACAGGCAUUUGGUAUAGAUGGCGUUUAUCUGGAUAUGUUUCCCUGGUUACGUCAUAUCCCACAUAAGCGAGGAGAUCUUUUUAAAAAUAUUUUACAAGAAUUACAAGAUUAUCUAGGUCAGCUUGUCGCUAGGAGUAAGAGUUCCUUAGAUGAGAAUAAUGUGCGGGGUAUGUGUGAUGUCAUACUGUUAGAACAAGAGAGGAGAAAAGACACAGCUAAUGCAAUUAAUGAUGGCACUGUGAAGGGAAUAUGUCAUAAUCUCAUAUUUGGAGCAAUCAUCACCACGACAACAGCUCUGAACUCCAUGAUGGCAUAUUUACUGGACUACCCCAAGGUUCAGGAAAAGCUUCAUGAAGAGAUAGACAGAGUCAUAGGAACCAGGUUACCAACGUUAGAUGACCGAAGAGAGAUGCCUUAUAUGGAAGCAUUCAUCUUAGAGUCUCUGAGGUACAUGUCACAUAUUCCUACAGUGCCACAGGAGACCAUGAGAGAUACAACACUCAAUGGACAUUUCAUACCACAGGGAACGCAGGUAUGGCCGAAUUUGUUCAGUCUUCACCAUGAUGAGCGGUUCUUCCCUGACCCCUGGACAUUCAAACCUGAGAGGUUCAUAGACACUGAGGGAAAAUUGGUCCCAGCAGACCAGAGAAAACACUUGAUGCCAUUUGGAGCUGGCAUUCGUGUCUGUGUAGGUGAACAAAUGGCGAGAGUAAGAAUGUUUAUAUUCCUAACAACGAUGCUACAACAUUAUACAUUUCUCCCAGGAUCCCCUGACAAUUUACCAAACUACGACCCGAGGAAGGGCAUUAUGGGAGCUGUCCUGAAAAUGGAGGAAUACGAAGUUCGACUUCAGAAGAGAAUUUGAACAAUACAAAAGUGUAAAUUCAAUUCUUUGAUUUGAAAAGUGUACCUGAAUUAUAACAAAUAAAAAAAACAUAUUAAAUAUACUGUACAUGAAGUUCUAUAUUGAGAUAGGGAGAAAAAUUCUUGUUGUCAAGGAAAACUGUGUGCCUUAACAGUAAGAUUUCAUGACUUAAAACUAAAAACAAAAAAUGAACAAUAAAUCAUAAUUUCCAACUCAAGAAAAAUGUUAUAAAAAUGCCUAACUCACCGAGUAAGAGUAAUUUGGAAUGUUUUAUAUCCAGCAAUA